UGAGAUUGAAAUUAUUUAUUAAAAACAUGGCAAAACUAGGAAUUAUUAUUGGGUCAAUAAUUAUUCUCCACUCUGCUUACUCUAUGAUCGAGCACAGAAAAUUUCAGAAUGAAGAUUUUGUAGAUUCAGUUCCAAUCGACGUAAUUUAUGGUUAAAAUAUGUAGAUUAUUGUAGAAGUUUUAUUAGGAAUGCUGAUUAACAUGGUUUCAGGGGCAUUCUUCUUCAACGACUACAUGCCAAUCCAAGAAGCAAGCAUUUUGUCCAAAAUCUCUUACUCUGAAGUGCACGCUAACACAGACCUCAGGCCUCUGAACAAGACCAGGACAGGGUUAUUGAAGAAGUAUAGGAAAAUAGCAACGGUGAAGGACUUAGCUAAGGACAAUAGUAGGGUGAAUAAAUUACUCAAAAAGGUUGCAUAGUG